AUGGGUUCUUUCAAAAUAAUCUCCACAUUCUAUGUCGUCGUCCUACUUUUCCCAUCUUUUCACCCCAAAUGUGGAGCUUCAGCUUCUGCUGAAGAGGCUGCUGCUCUUUUGAAAUGGAAAGCCAGUUUUCAGAACCAGAACAACAGCUUCCUAACCUCAUGGAACCUUCAAUCCAUCAACGCCAAAAAGUCGUCUAUCCUUCCUUGCACUUGGGCUGGUAUUUCCUGCAUUGACGGAAGUGUCAACAGGUUGAACCUCUCAGAUUGGAGCAUUGAAGGUAGCCUCUAUGAAUUCCCAUUCUUAUCCCUCCCAAAUCUUGAAUAUCUUGAUCUUAGCCUGAAUCAGAUCUUUGGCAAUAUACCUAAACAAAUAGGUAACCUGUCAAAGCUCAUUUAUCUUGAUUUCUAUACUAAUGAACUGUCACAUGAAAUCCCGCCUGAAAUUUGCAACUUGAGAAACUUGAGUUAUUUAGAUUUUGGAAGUAAUCAACUUUCAGGUCUCGUUCCCCUAGCGAUAGGGAAUCUGAUCUCACUUCAGUUUCUUUAUUUGGGUCAAAAUAAUCUUACUGGUGUAAUUCCAAAGUCACUAGGCAAUUUGACCAAUUUGAUUGAACUGUAUCUUUAUGAAAAUCAACUUUCGGGUUCAAUUUCCAAAGAAAUUGGUGAUUUGAAAUUUCUUACCGAUAUGGAAUUAAGUGAGAACCAACUCAAUGGUUCCAUUUCGAUUUCAAUUGGUAACUUGAGUAACUUGGAAGCAUUGUAUCUCCAAAACAAUCAAUUUUCUGGCUCAAUUCCUGCUACUUUUGGUAACCUCAAUAGGCUGGUGAAUCUAAGCCUUCACCAAAAUCACCUAUCUGGUCCCAUUCCUCUUGUGAUUGGAAAUUUGACCUCACUUCAAUUUCUUUAUUUGUAUCAAAAUAACCUUACUAGUACAAUCCCAAAGUCGUUAGGCAAUUUGACCAACUUGAUUGAACUGUCUCUCUCUAAUAAUCAACUUAACGGUUCCAUUCCUGCUUCAAUUGGUAACUUGAGUACCUUAGAAGUACUAUAUCUCUAUAACAAUCAAUUUUCUAGUUCAAUUCCAGUCACUUUUGGUAAACUCAAUAGGCUGGUGAAUCUAAGCCUUUACCAAAAUCACCUAUUUGGUCCCAUUCCUCCAGUGAUAGGGAAUUUGAACUCACUUCAGUUUCUUUACUUGUAUCAAAAUAAUCUCGCUGGUGCAAUCCCAAAGUCACUAGGUAAUUUGAUCAAUUUGAUUGAACUGGAUCUCUCUGACAAUCAACUUUCAGGUUCAAUUCCUGUUUCAAUUGGCAACUUGAGUAACUUGCAAGUACUGUAUCUCCAAAACAAUCAAUUUUCUGGCUCAAUUCCAGCUACUUUUUGUAACCUCAAUAGGCUUGUGAAUCUAAGUCUUUACCAAAAUCACCUAUUUGGUCCCAUUCCUCCAAUGAUAUGGAAUUUGAUCUCACUUCAGUUUCUUUACUUGUAUCAAAAUAAUCUCACUGGUGCAAUUCCAAAGUCACUAGGUAAUUUGACCAAUUUGAUUGAACUGGAUCUCUCUGACAAUCAACUUUCAAGUUCAAUUCCAGCUACUUUUGGUAACCUCUAUAAGCUAGUGAAUCUACAUCUCUUUUCAAAUCAACUUUCUGGUUCAAUUCCUGUUUCAAUUGGAAACUUGAGUGACUUGGAAUAUUUGGCUUUCCAAGAAAAUCAAUUUUCUGGUACCAUUCCACAAGAACUUGGAAACCUGAAUAAGUUGGUUGCUUUGGAAUUGUUCAGAAAUCAGUUCUCUGGUCCAUUGCCAGAACUAUUAUGUCAAAGUGGAAUUCUCCAAAACAUUUCUGUAUCUGAGAACAUGCUUACUGGUCCAAUCCCUAAAAGCUUGCAAAGCUGCUCAAGCUUAGUUAGGGCCCGUUUCAACGGUAACCGUUUCCAAGGAAACUUAUCAGAAAUGUUUGGAAUCUAUCCAUCCCUGGAUUUCAUAGAUCUCAGCAAUAACAAAUUCUAUGGGAAACUCUCCAGCAACUGGGGUAAAUGCAAAAUGCUGAAAACCCUUAUAGUUGCAAAAAACAACAUCACGGGUGGUAUACCUCCAGAAAUUGGAAAUUUGGCUCAACUACAUACACUUGAUCUUUCUUCGAAUUAUUUAUCAGGGGAGAUACCGAGGGAAGUUGGGAAGUUAGCUUUUAUGCUUAAACUAGAUUUACAUGACAACCAGCUUACUGGUGGUAUACCUCAAGAAUUGGGAGUGUUAAUGGAAUUUCUAGACCUGUCAACAAAUUCCUUGAAUGGAACUUCACCAGAGCUUCUGGCAGAUUUGAAACACUUGUUUCACAUGAACUUGAGCAAUAAUGUUUUAAGUCAAAAGAUUCCAUCGCAGAUUGAGAAGUUAACCCAACUUUCUGAACUGGAUUUGAGUCAAAAUUUCUUCACGGGAGAGAUACCUUCUGAGUUUCAAAAUUUGCAGAGUUUGGGGACACUGGAUCUCUCCCAGAACAACCUCUCUGGUUUGAUCCCAAAGGCUUUGGCAGAAUUGGCUGGUUUAUUGCACAUUAAUCUUUCUUUUAAUAAUUUGGAGGGCCCAAUUCCGAGUGGUAGAGCUUUUGUGAAUCUAACCUUGGAAGAAGUAAAGGGAAAUAAAGGUUUGUGUGGCAAUAUUACAGGGUUACGAGUCUGUGAAAGUUCCCGGUUGAUUAAAAAGCAUGUCAAGGAUAAAAGGAAGGAAUUUGUUCUCAUAAUUGUAUUACCACUUCUGGGAUCAUUUAUGCUUCUUGGUGCAUUGUUCGGUGUUCUCAGAUUGCAUGAUCGGAGACAACAAAUUUCAAGAGUGGAAGACAUGGAGGUGAAUAAGGGUGGUUUAUUUGCCAUAUGUGCUUAUGAUGGCAAAGCAUUGUAUAAAGAAAUUGUGAGGUCUACAGAAGAGUUCAGUGAAACAUAUUGCAUUGGGAAAGGAGGUUGUGGAAGUGUUUACAAAGCACAGCUUCCAUCAGGCGAGUUAGUAGCUGUAAAAAGACUUCACAACAUACCUAAUGUGGCAAAGGAUAGAAGUUUCUUGAAUGAGAUUAGGGCCUUGACAGAAAUCAAGCAUCGGAACAUUGUGAAACUUUUGGGCUUCUGCUCAAGUGCUCAGCAUUCAAUUUUGGUUUGUGAGUACCUCGAAAGGGGAAGCUUGGCCAAAAUCUUGAGCAUAGAAGAAGAAGCUAAGGAACUAGACUGGCAAAAGAGGUUGAAAAUCAUCAAAGGCGUUGCUCAUGCAUUAUCUUACAUGCAUCAUGAUUGUUCACCACCAAUUAUUUUGGCACUUCCAAAUUUCUGA